AUGGCGGAGCUGCAGCAGCUCCGGGUGCAGGAGGCAGUGGAUUCUAUGGUGAAGAGUCUGGAGAGAGAGAACAUCCGGAAGAUGCAGGGCCUCAUGUUCCGGUGCAGCGCCGGCUGUUGUGAGGACAGCCAGGCAUCCAUGCAGCAAGUGCACCAGUGCACUGAGCGCUGCCAUGCACCUCUGGCUCAAACCCAGGCCCUGGUGACCAGCGAGUUGGAGAAGUUCCAGGACCGCCUGGCCCGGUGCACUAUGCAUUGCAACGACAAAGCCAAAGAUUCAAUUGAUGCAGGGAGUAAAGAGCUUCAGGUGAAGCGGCAGCUGGAGCAUUGCGUGACCACGUGUGUGGAUGACCACAUGAACCUCAUCCCAACCACGAUCAAGAAGAUGAAGGAGUCUCUGUCAUCCAUUGGGAAAUAGAUGUCUGCUAUUGGCCAUCGGGGCUGAAGGCAGGAGUCUAUUUAAAAAGAGAAAUGGGGAUUUGGGUUUUCUAAGGAAAGUUUAUGAAUGA